AUGCCUCAAGCUAGCUCUCUCCCCGCCUGGGGUGACCUCCAGGGCCACCGCGACUCGGUCGGCAAGAGCUUCGUCCUGAAGGAGGCCUUUGCCUCGGACCCCAAGCGCUUCGAGAAGUUCAGCCGCACCUUUACUCUGCCCGACAAUGUCUCGUCUUGCCCCGGUAGCACCGACAUCCUCUUCGACUUCAGCAAGAACUUCCUGACCGAGGAGACCCUCGACCUCCUGGUCAAGCUUGCCGAGCAAGCUGGCCUCGAGAAGAAGCGCGAGGCCAUGUUCAAGGGCGAGAAGAUCAACUUCACCGAGAACCGUGCCGUCUACCACACCGCACUCCGCAAUGUCGGCAACGACGUCUGGGACAUGAGCGUCGAUGGCGUCGACGUCAUGAAGACCAAGGGCGGUGUCAACGAUGUUCUGGAGCACAUGAAGGUCUUCUCCGAGCAGGUCCGGAGCGGCGAGUGGAAGGGCUACACGGGCAAGAAGCUGACCACCAUCAUCAAUGUCGGUAUCGGUGGUUCGGAUCUCGGCCCCGUCAUGGUCACCGAGGCUCUCAAGCACUACGGUGCCAAGGACAUGACCCUGCACUUUGUUUCCAACAUUGACGGCACCCACAUGGCCGAGGCUCUGGCCAACUCCGACCCCGAGACCACCCUCUUCCUGAUCGCGUCCAAGACCUUCACCACCGCCGAGACUACCACCAAUGCCAACACAGCCAAGGCGUGGUUCCUCGAGAAGACCGGCAACAAGGGCGAGAUCGCCAAGCACUUCGUUGCCCUGUCCACCAACGAGGAGGAGGUCACCAAGUUCGGUAUCGACAGCGCCAACAUGUUUGGCUUCGAGAGCUGGGUCGGUGGUCGCUACUCCGUCUGGAGUGCUAUCGGCCUGUCUGUCAGCAUCUACAUCGGCUAUGACAACUUCCGCAAGUUCCUGGCCGGUGCCCACGAGAUGGACAAGCACUUCAGGACGGCCCCUCUGCGCGAGAACAUCCCCGUCAUUGCCGGUCUCCUGAGUGUCUGGUACUCCGACUUCUUCAACGCUCAGACCCACCUCGUUGCCCCCUUCGACCAAUACCUGCACCGAUUCCCUGCCUACCUUCAGCAGCUCUCCAUGGAGUCCAACGGCAAGACGAUCACCUCGGACGGCACUGCUGCCAAGUACACCACUGGCCCCAUCCUGUUCGGCGAGCCUUGCACCAAUGCUCAGCACUCCUUCUUCCAGCUUGUCCACCAGGGCACCAAGCUGAUUCCUGCCGAUUUCAUUCUGGCUGCCAAGUCGCACAACCCCAUCUCGAACAACCUGCACCAGAAGAUGCUGGCCUCCAACUACCUUGCCCAGGCUGAGGCCCUCAUGGUUGGCAAGACUGCUGACCAGGUCCGCGCCGAGGGUGGCGUGGCUGAGGAGCUCGUCCCGCACAAGGUCUUCCUGGGCAACCGCCCCACGACCUCGAUCCUCGUCGGCGGCCACAUCGGACCCGCCGAGCUGGGUGCCCUGAUCGUCCACUACGAGCACCUCACCUUUACCGAGGGUGCCGUCUGGGACAUCAACUCGUUUGACCAGUGGGGUGUUGAGUUGGGCAAGGUCCUUGCCAAGAAGAUUCUGAAGGAGAUUGACGAGGCUGGCGCUGGCUCCGGCCACGACGCUUCGACCGCUGGUCUGCUCGGCGCCUUCAAGCGAUACUCAAACCUGUAA